UACUCGGUUACGCACAAACUGUAUCAGACGCUGAACAACUGACUGAAAACUAGAUCGUACUCUUAAAAAGGAAAAUAUUACUAAACAAACAUGAAUAUUUGCUGUGUCAUCCUCCUAUUUUUGACCAUUAUAUGUAUUUCCACACUUGAAGCUUCUCCACUUAUGGGUAAAGGACGUUGCAUUUGUAAAGGAUCUGGUGAAAACUCUGUCAACAGAAAACAUAUUCAGAAGAUAGAAAUAUAUCCCAGGAAUACUUUCUGCAACAAAACUGAGAUAAUUGUUACUUUAUCAACAAAUGGAGAGAAGGUGUGCUUGAAUCCAGCAUCCAAACGGGUGAAACGUGCCCUAUCCAAGAUGAUAAAAAAAUUUCCAGAAGCGUGAUUCUCAUAGACAAAGAUGAGGAACUUACAAACAUCUUGAAAUGGAUAUCUGUGAAGAUUUAUAUUCACACUCGGGAUGAACAGUUGUCACCAGAUACAUACCACAGAUAUAGAAGCAUUAAGUUUACUUUUUAACAAAAACACUGUAUCUAUCCAGUGAUGUAUUGUAAUGUAAUAUACCAUAUGUCAAAAUCAGAAAACCAACAUCUGUACUACUUGCCGCUUAUAGCUUUAUGGGAUUGGUGGAAAACUUAACAUUCAUGCACACCGGUGAGAUUUCAGAACACACCAUCAAGUUUAAGACAAGGAGCCUCCUGUUAGUGGUACUGUGGGUGUUGACUGCCACCUAUUGGCCAAGCUGAAUACCAGCAUGGCUUGUAUGUAAGGUAAAAUGAAAACUGAAAUGUCAAAAAAAAGAAUGUUAAUAGAUAAGAAAUUUUAACAGACAAGUUAGUUACCUGGUGGCUAGAUGAAGGGUCACUCUGAAAGGCUCCACUAGUACUAAAUUAAUAUUUAAAGCAUGCAAAUUUUUAAGUGCUUCAAUUAUUACUUGUGGAUAUAUUGAUAUCUCUCGGGUCACUGUGUGAUAUAUUACUCUUUGCAUAUCUGCAGGUACCAUAUAUUUAAAUCACUAGCCACAUCCAUUCCCUGUCUCGUAGUCCUGUCACAGCACAUUUAUCUAAUUAAUUUUUUGUAUCAUGUACUAUGCACCUUGCCACUAUAUCCUGCUUUUGUAAGAUAUAAUGGUACAGUUUGCAUUUGUUUAUUUAAAAUGUACAGGAUUUAAAAAACAUUUGUAAGAAGAAAAACAUAUUAUCAUCUUAAAAGGAGCUUGUAUUGAUAUUAUAUAUUUUUUCUUAUGACUGGGGUAAUGUUAUA